AUGGCCCAGAUCGGCUCCUUGGCGUUGGAACUCGGUGAUCCGGCCUACCUGGGCGGAGGCCGUCUCGGAGGCCACCACGGCGGCACGGCCGGCGCAUCCUCCUCCCUUGCAACAGCUUCGUCUGAACUUGAGAACCUGCGCUCCUCGUACCAAGAGCUGGAGACGAAACUAAAGGAGGCGGAACUUAAAAGGGAGCAGGCCGAAAAGCAGCUGGCGGAGAAAAACUCCGAGCAUAUCAGGGAAAAGGGCGAGCUGGAAUUGAAAAAGAAUGCUGAUAGCGAGACCAUCAGGAGGCAGCAAAAAGAGCUCAAUGGACUCCGGAAAUAUAUGGAGACGGCGGAGCAGCACUGGGACUUGCUCAAUGAGAACAUCUUGGAGCCGCUUGGGUACCCGGAACAGCGCCGGAAUUUGUUCCCACGGGACGACCUUCUGCAACUCGCGGGCGAUGACUGCAAAGAUCUCAUCUCCGCCUCCCGCAAGAUAUGCUACAACUUGAACAUCAAGAGGAGCCGCACUUGCGAUGUGCGCAAGCUUGUUGGUUUGCAGCACUGA